UUCAAGAAGAAGUGCAGAUGAUGCGCAACCUCCAUCCUGAUAAUAAUGACCCUGACAAGUUGGGUGAAUUCUUAGAUUCAUCAAACAGAGUGUGGCGCCAAGCAUGUGUGACUUUAUUUGGAUGUAUUGACAGGGCAACAUUUGGUGGAAGAUACAGAGAACAAAUAUACUGUGCCUGUUUACCAGGUUGUUGCUAUGAGGAGCUCAUCAACAUCUUUCAGAAUUUCAGAGAUGGCUUGAUACUUUCCACCAAACAGUACAAAGAGAUACCAGCUGGUCUAUUCAGGUUCUUUGUUGGUUGCAGAGAUGAACCAAGAGUCCAUCGUCUCCUUGGAAGACUUUCGACAGGUGUAAUUACUAUGGAGCAAUUUAGAUUUGCUUCAAAGGAAUUUAAGGAAAAUCAACAGAAGGAUGAAGAUUUAAAGGAAAGACUCCAUUUGAAAUAA